AUGAUGUUUAUGCAGGCCAAUUUUUCAUUGGGUUUGGACGAUGUUGAUGGCUCCGAGGAGCCUCGGAGAUUCGCAAGUCUUCCAUGUAAGACUCUUCUAGCAUAUGGUGGCGAUGAUGGCACAGUCACUUGUCUUGAUGAAAAAGACAACACAUUUCAUGCUGUGCAGCGCUUUGAUGACUGCGUCCGCGCCGUUGCAGUUUCGGAAGAUGGUAAACGAGUUGCGGUCGGGUUCGAUAGCGGCGAGAUUGAAAUAUUUCACUAUGACACGUUCGAAUUGGAAAAGGCGUCUCGACACCCUUUUGCUGAAAUCAAUGAAAAAGCAAAUGACGACGACCUUUUAUCUCAAGGGUUCUCCGAUUGUCACAAAGCUUCUGUCGGAGGGCCUCAAUUUGAUGCUCCAAUCCGAGAUCUGCAGUUUUUGAGAGGAACAUCACCCACCUUUUGGUUGAUUGUUGCCCACGAGUCAGGAAUGAGCAUUGUCGACGUAACUACAAUAGAUUCUAUGUCCUCACGUGUCUUGGAGCGAGAGAGCCGAGAUGCACAUGGGCAAUGCGGCAUCCGGGGUGUAUGUCAGCGUCCAGACUCAUCUCAAAUUGUAAGCUUGUCCAUGGAUGGCAAGUUGUGCUUGUGGAAUACAGAUCUUGUGGACCACAAAAUGCCUUCAUUCAAGCUUGCGCAGUUUGAAACAAACAGGUGUAUUGCCAAGCAAGACGCGGGGGAAAUCCAUGGCGCAGAUGCCUGUGAACGAUCUUAUCGUCCUGUACUCCAUGGGGACGUAUUGGCAACGCCUGGUCGACUUACUCCGUUGGUGCACUAUUUGGGUAAAGAAAGCCGAAUCAUGGAAGUGAAAGAUUGCGAUACCAACCGACACAUUGAACCAGUCGUUUCAUUGGUUUUUCUCAGCAGUGAUUUUAUGAUUUCCAGUGGCCGUGACUGUAGAAUGGUGCUCUGGAAAUGUGACUUCGACAAAUUUGCCUUGAGUUCGGUUGCGAGCAUCACUUCGACUUCGGUUGUUACUGCAUUCCAUGCGAGGGAAAUGGGGAGUAUUUAUGCAGCCUGUACGAAAGGAACUUGCAUUCAAUUGAACGUCGAACAGCGCUCCGUCGAGUCGAAAUUACCAAAGGAUUCAGAUUCUCCACGGAAUCACAUUUCCGAAACUCUAGCAUGCAGUAACGAACUGAAAAAAAAGAGUAGCUCCGAACAUGGUUUCUGUGUUCACGAAGGUGCUCACUCAGAGUAUGUAGACGAUGAAGCAAGUGUUGACAGCCCUAGCCGGAAUGGGACAAAAUCUGACACGCCAACUGGAUUCAGCCAAGGGGAGCAGAAGAAAGGUUCAAACGAAGAGUUGGGAAGCGAAGACGAAAGCGAAGCAGAAGAGAUCAAUGCACCCAAUAAUUUGCUUUCUCAACUGGUAAGAGAAGAAACGCCACAGCCACCAUUUUCAGUCUCGUCCACUCCGUUGGAUUUGGCUCGUCGAUAUCUUUGCUGGAAUCACAUCGGAUCCGUGACUAUUCUAAACGGAACUGAAGGCGCAAGUCAUCGCAGCACGGUUGAUAUCAGCUUCACUGACUCUGCAUACAAGCGCCCGGUUAGCUUUACUGAUAACACUGGAUUUAUUGUCGGAUCUUUGGGGGAAGAUGGAGCAAUUUUUGCAUCUGAUCUUCAAAAAGAUGACGACGACGGUUUAGACGAGAGAAAUCUAAGAGGGCUACAAAUAUCCGAACAGACACUACAGGCAGUAAAGAGAAGUCAAAGGAAGCGAAUCGAACAAAAUGCGAAGCCAACAGGAUCUAGCAUCUUUUUCUACCGAUUUGAAACGCUUGGAGCCCUCCGUGACAAAGACUGGUUUUUGAACCUUCCAACUGGUGAACGUGUUGUUGGCUCUGCAUGCGGCUCCGGCUGGGCAGCAGUUGUGACAAGCCGAAGAUUUCUCCGUUUGUUUUCUUCCGGGGGGAAUCAAGGUCAAAUCUUAUGGUUGAAUGGAGAUCCAGUAACAGUUGCCGGCAGAUCGCGUUUCUUGAUUGUAUUUUGCCACAGGUCACUUCCGUUGGUCGAUAAGACACAACAGUUAGACUAUGUUCUCUGGGACAUCGCGUCAUUUACUGUCAUAUCUCAGGGGCCGGCAUCAUGCGUUGGAAAAGGGGCCGCGCUUUCUUGGGCAGGCUUUAGCAGUGAUUGUGCACCAAUGGCAAUGGAUUCAGACGGAAUUAUGUCGAUGCUGACCCCCUGCAGCAACGAUGGAAGAAACUGGCAAUGGAUUCCUGUGUUGGAUACGCUUGGUUUGAGAAAGUCAUCUGAAGACAAUUUUUGGCCGAUAACAGUCCAAGAUGGGAGGCUCGUUUGUGUCCCUCUCAAGGGAAGUUCUACAUAUCCCGAUGCCGCACGCCGGCCCAUCACAGCCACUCUAGGAUUGAGGAUGCCCUUCGCAACAUCUUCGCCAGCCAAAUUCACGAUGUUGGAGGAGCUUUCCAUUAGGUCAAAUCUCGCUUUGUCUCAGAAACGAGCGUUGGAAAUAGACGAAGAUGAUGAGGAGUACGUUGGAUUAUGCGCACAAGUGGACAAAGUAACAUUAAAGCUUUUUGUCGGUAUGAUGGACGAGGGGAAAGUUGAGAGAGCUCUCGACUUAAUUGACCGGUUGCACCUACCGAAAAGCUACGAAAUAGCAGCUCGGAUGGCUGAGCACAACCGGAAGGUUGCCGAUUUGAUCGAAGAUGCGAAGCACAAGAAUUUUCCCCAAGAAGAGGACGAUACGAUGGGCCGUCUUGUUUGCAAUUCGGGUUCGCCAGAGCCAAGCAAUGAGGACCCUCACUUCGUAACUCCGGUCUCGAACCAACCUCUGCAGAAAAGGAAUAAAGCUUAUGGUGAUAGAACAUUCAAGAAACCUCGAAUCUAUUGA